UCCCGGAAGUGUAGGAAAUGUGUGACGUCGCGUGCAUGCAUGGCGCUAGGAGGACUAACCAGAGAAGAGCGAAAAGAUACACCUUUUCUUGCUGUGCUCUUUGGCCUCUUGCCUCUCUACUAGAUGGAAUCAAAUGAGUGGCAGAUGGUAAAGAAGAAGAAAUCUGCGAGAAGGAAAGAUGUGCUUAACAAUGAAAAGCCGCCGGAUCUCUCCCAUUGUGAAUCAGAAAACGAUUGUAAGAAUCUGACACAGAGAAUAUUUGGCACCAUAGAGAACAUUAAGACAUCAGAGUUUUGGAACUCUUGUCAAAAGCCUCUCAAGCAAUGCCUGCACAUACAUGAGACUGCUGCUAAGGACUGGGAUCCAUGUAAAGGUGUCGGGGCAGAUCAGUGCUUUGAUAUAAUAAGCAAGGAAGGACAUUUCCGCUCAUUAAGCAGUUGUGAUUGUGUGUGUUAUGGCCUUGGCAAUUUUUCCUUAUGUGUAACAUCUCGAUGCCAACUUGCUUUUUUACUUUUGUUCCUGGAACUGUUCAAGAUUCCAAGAUGCCAGAGCUUCGUUUUUGAUCCAAUCUUUUCACCUUUGGAGAUCUCUGUUCUCCGAGAGCUUGGCUUUAAUGUCCUAUUAGAGAAUGAGGAGGGAAAACAUAUUGUGGAUAAAUCCACAGUUUUUUACAUGCUUCAUUGCGGGAAAGCUCUGUAUAAUAAUCUGCUGUGGAGAAACUGGUCAGCCAAGUCGCUAUCAGAAAUGAUCAUCAUUGGCAACAGUUUCAAAGGGAUUGAGGAAAGAUUAUUGUCCAGAAUUCUGCAGAGAGAUUAUGUGUAUAUCCAUAAGGUAAGAACCUUGAGCUUACAAGCCGUGGAGGAAACACCAUUCCCAGAGAACUCGCAGUACAGUGAUGUGUUCAACGACACCUCCGUCCACCGCUUCCCCGCCCAGAAACUCAGGACUUUAGCCAAUGAAUUCUGGGAGUGUGCAGAAGAGCCGUGUUACCAAGAGUGCGAGGAUCUGGAGAUUAUUCGGAAUCAGAAUAGGUAGCAGCGCAGUUCAACACCCAUUCCUACAUUCAGCGUUUAUGGUGUACAGUAUCUUCUCUUGAAGAGUUAUUUAUACCCAGGGGGCUCUAAUUUGGUAGAACUUUUGAUGGCAAACCAAGUAAGCCUUUAAUACUUGAAUAUUAAAUAAAGUAUAUAUGUUUAAAUAAUACACAAGCAGGAAUCUGUAAAAUAUAUUAUAAACAGUGCUUAUUAUUUUAAAUAAAAUAUACUGCAAAUGAA